GAUAGGUCAGUAGAAUAAGUGGAAGCAUCAGAAUAAACGGGAGCUCAAGCAGACUUUACUAUCUACUGAGCUUCUGUUAGAGCUGAACGAGGAGAACAGGAUAAAUAAUAGGAAUAGCAAGGACUUUUUUUCUUCCUCUUUAUCCAGCUUCCAGUAGUAUUUUUUCUUUUUUAAGGGUUCACUUGAGGUUUCGAGAUGAUGCUGUGUGGCAUCUUUUUGCUCUUGAUGCUUUGGAGUUGUGAGGGCGCACGGCUGGCAGAGAGCCGGGAUGAUAACAGUGUGUAUGACUUAUUUGAAUUGGCCCGGGUAAAUAAGAGACACCAUGGCGUGAGUAUGGUCAAAGGACAAGACCCAUACAGCCCUGCGUACAAGGUCCUGAACGCGAACCUGAUCCCCCCCGUCCCCGACAGCUCCUUCAGGGACCUCCUCGACUCCAUCCAAACAGAGCGGGGCUUCCUUCUCCUGGUCAACCUGAAGCAGUUCAAAAAAACCAGAGGCAGCCUUUUAACUGUUGAAAAAACCGACGGAUCCGGGCCCAUCUUCGAGAUUAUUUCCAACGGGAAGGCGAACACGCUGGAUUUGGUGUACUCCACGGUUGACCAGCAGCAGGUCGUGUCUAUCGAUGAGGUCGAUUUGGCCACCGGGCAAUGGAAGAACAUCACCCUGUUCGUUCAGGAUGACCGGGCGCAACUUUUCGUCGGCUGUGAAGAGAUCAGCGAUUCAGAGUUGGAAGUGCCAAUCCAGAAAGUUUUCUCCCAGGAGGUGGCAGACACAGCCAGACUCAGGAUCGGAAAGGGAGCUCUAAAGGACAAAUUUUUCGGAGUACUCCAGAAUGUGCGCUUUGUCUUUGGUACAACUCUGGAUGCCAUACUGAGAAAUAAAGGAUGCCAAACUGGAGCUGCUCUAACUGAUGUCAUGACCUUGGAUAAUCCAGUCAAUGGCUCAAGCCCUGCCAUUAGGACCGAUUACACUGGUCACAAAGCCAAAGAUCUGCAGUCCGUCUGCGGCUUCUCCUGUGAAGACAUUGCCAACAUGUUUAAUGAGCUCAAGGGACUCAAUACGGUUGUUAGACAGCUGUCAAAGGAGCUCCAAAGAGUGGCUGAGGAAAGCAGUUCCAUAAUAAAUUCUAUGAAUUUGCGCAAAGGAGUUUGCAUCCACAACGGCAUCAUGCGCCAGGACAGAGAUGAAUGGACCGUCGAUAGCUGCACCGAGUGCACUUGCCAGAACUCUGCUACCGUGUGUCGCAAAAUCACCUGCCCUCUGAUCCCAUGCGCUAAUGCCACCGUGCCCGACGGAGAGUGCUGCCCUCGCUGUGGAACACCAAGCGACUACGCAGAAGACGGCUGGUCCGCCUGGUCUGAGUGGACCCAGUGUUCUGUGACUUGCGGCCGUGGCAUCCAGCAGCGCGGCCGCUCCUGCGACCGCAUCAACAGCAAGUGUGAGGGCACCUCUGUGCAGACCCGUGACUGCUACCCACAAGAAUGUGACAAACGCUUCAAGCAGGAUGGAGGCUGGAGCCACUGGUCACCCUGGUCUUCCUGCUCUGUGACCUGCGGUGAAGGGGUCAUGACUCAAAUUCGCCUCUGCAACUCCCCCACACCCCAGAUGGGCGGCAAGGACUGCGAGGGAGAGGGACGUCACACCAAAGUCUGCAGGAAGUCGCCCUGUCCUAUCAAUGGAGGCUGGGGACCUUGGUCACCUUGGGACACCUGCUCUGUUACCUGCGGUGGAGGGGUUCAGACCCGUAAACGUCUCUGCUCCGACCCUGCCCCCAAAUAUGGCGGAAAGGACUGUAUCGGCGAUGCUUCUGAAUCUCAAAUUUGCAACAAACAGGAGUGUCCUAUUGAUGGCUGUCUCUCCAGCCCCUGCUUCCCAGGCACAAAGUGCACCAGCUUCCGAGACGGCUCAUUCAAGUGUGGCAGGUGUCCAUCCGGCUACACAGGGAACGGCAUCACCUGCAAAGACAUCGACGAAUGCAAAGAGGUCCCCGAUGCUUGCCAUACUCAUAACGGAGUCCACCGUUGUGAAAACACGGAGCCGGGUUACAACUGUCUUCCCUGUCCCCCGCGUUUCUCUGGUCCUCAGCCGUUUGGAAGAGGUGUGGCAGAGGCAACUGCUAAAAAACAGGUUUGCGUUCCUCGCAACCCUUGCAAGGACGGAAGCCACAACUGCCAUAAAAAUGCAAACUGCAUCUACUUGGGUGUCUUCUCCGAGUCUAUGUUCCGCUGUGAGUGCAAGCCAGGAUAUGCCGGGAAUGGACGCAUUUGCGGAGAGGACAGUGACCUGGAUGGAUGGCCCAACACUGACCUGCUGUGUGUGGAAAAUGCCACUUAUCACUGCAAGAAGGAUAACUGCCCCAACCUUCCCAACUCCGGCCAGGAAGAUCAUGACAAAGAUGGCCUGGGUGAUGAAUGUGACCACGAUGAUGACAAUGAUGGGAUCCCCGAUGAUAGGGACAACUGUCCAAGAGUGUACAACCCCGCCCAGUAUGAUGCAGACAGGGAUGAUGUUGGUGAUAGCUGUGACAACUGUGUACAUGUAGCCAACACUGACCAAACAGACACUGAUAACAACGGAGAGGGUGAUGCCUGUGCUGUUGACAUUGAUGGUGAUGGCAUCCUGAAUGAGAAUGACAACUGCCCGUAUGUCUACAACGUGGACCAGAGAGAUACCGACAGGGACGGCGUUGGAGAUCACUGCGAUAACUGCCCUCUGGAGCACAAUCCCGAUCAGAUCGACUCUGACUCGGAUCGCGUGGGAGACAAGUGCGACAACAACCAGGACAUUGACGAGGACGGUCACCAGAACAACUUGGAUAACUGCCCCUACAUUCCGAAUGCGAACCAGGCAGACCACGACAAGGAUGGCAAGGGUGACGCCUGCGACCAUGAUGAUGACAAUGAUGGCAUUCCAGAUGACAAAGACAACUGCAGACUGGCCUUUAACCCUGAUCAGGUGGACUCUGAUGGUGAUGGACGUGGUGAUGUGUGCAAAGAUGAUUUUGACCAAGAUAAUGUUUUGGACAUCCAUGAUGUAUGCCCGGAAAACUUUGCCAUCAGUGAAACCGACUUCCGCAGAUUCCAGAUGGUUCCUCUGGACCCCAAGGGUACCUCCCAGAUCGACCCCAACUGGGUUGUCCGGCAUCAGGGCAAGGAGCUGGUCCAGACUGUCAACUGCGACCCUGGCAUUGCUGUCGGUUAUGAUGAGUUCAGCGCGGUGGACUUCAGUGGAACGUUCUUCAUCAACACGGACAGAGACGAUGACUACGCUGGUUUCGUGUUUGGCUACCAGUCCAGCUCGCGCUUCUACACAGUGAUGUGGAAACAGAUCACCCAGACGUACUGGUCCAACACACCCACGAGAGCUCAGGGCUACUCCGGCUUGUCAAUCAAAGUGGUCAACUCCACCACAGGGCCCGGUGAGCACCUGAGGAACGCCCUGUGGCACACCGGAGACACCCCAGGACAGGUGCGCACUCUGUGGCACGACCCCAAGAAUAUUGGCUGGAAAGACUUCACUGCCUACAGAUGGCAUCUGACCCACAGACCCAAGACUGGACUUAUCAGAGUGGUCAUGUAUGAAGGCAAGAGAAUCAUGGCUGACUCCGGAAACAUCUACGACAAAACCUACGCCGGUGGGCGACUAGGCUUGUAUGUCUUCUCUCAGGAGAUGGUUUACUUCUCAGACCUCAAAUACGAAUGCAGAGAUACAUAAUCGGAGCACAGAGCCUUUUAGAAGAAUGUAUCAGUAUGAAACGAGACCUGGAUCAACUUAUUUAACUCCCUUUCCUUUGAGAAAUAUGCGUUGGCGGUAUGAAGAGCAAGCGAGCUAACGUGAGGUGAGGUGACCUCAGGAGUCUAAGCCAAAUGAAAGUAAAUUCUGCACCACAGCACCAAACUCAAAUUUUGAGCACGGCUCUGCUCAGAAGACGAUUGGCUCUCUCACUCUGUUUGCUCUGAUCUGCGUUGAAAGAGGGCCACAUUUUAUUGCUUUGCACACCUGAACUGUUGUCGGUAUUCCUCUUUGGAUGAGGGACCAAAGGGAAGAGUGUUUCUGUUUGUUUUUGUUGUUUUUUUAAGAAAAGAUAUUUUUGUGUAUUAAUAUGCAUCUGCUGUGGACUCAGAUAUACUUGUUUCAGUAUGAAGAAAACAGUAGGAGAACUUUGUUAAGUUUGGAGGGUAAGAUUACCCUUUGAAGGAACUCUUGAGGGACAAUGGACAGUAUGGACUGACUGUUACUAUCAAAGAGAGUGAAUGCUAUGUGUGUUUGUGCAUUUGUUCCACCUGAUGAGCGCAGUUAUUGAGAUAACCGAGUCGAAAUUUGAUUUUAAUUCCCUGUGACGGCCCCCUUUUUAAAGGCACGUGCGUGUAUCCAAGGCACAAAGCUGGCCCGAAAUAUUCGUUUUCUCAGGAAAAGAGCACUAGAAGAAACAUGGAGAGCACAAUAUUAAGGACAGCACAGGGCCCCGAGGCAGGCACGCUGCUUUGGAACAGUAAUUAUGAGCAAAUAUAACGUGGAUAACUAAUAUGUGAGGGGCCAGUCUGUUUCCUAAGAUUAUUGUAAGUGUGACUGUUUAUAGCUUUAACUGUUGCUCAUUUUUCCACCUUUAAAUGUCAGCAGCAACCCGUGAAAUCAGGAUCCUCUAAAGAUUAAGAAUGAUUAACCUCGGACCAAAACCACAAAACAAAAAACAUCAACAACACCAUCUCUAAAUAUUCCACUUCUGCAGUGUGCAUGGCUGGUGUGCCUGAGCUUGUGUGUACAAUUUCUGACAAUGGAAAACAAAAAGGAAACCCUUUAUGUACAAAUAUUACCUCAUUAGUUCUUUUUGUGCUGAGACCAGCAAUACACGAGAAUCACUUGUCUUAUCAACAGAGUAUAAAUUGGUUGGCUUCUAUUUUUUCUCUUUUUUUUUAAAGCAAGACUUUUACUAUCAUUUAUAUGCUGUAUAUAAGAUAUUUUUGUAGCAAAAGAAGCCCAAACGGGAACGUAAAGGAUUAAAGAAAUGUUGCCUUGACUGUGUUUUGCGAUAUGUAUUUGUGCCAUCUUGAUAAAUUAUUCUGAUUGUUUUAUGUUGAGGGUAUUUCAUUUUGUGUAGAUAUAUGCUAUUUAAAUAAUUUAUCUAGAAGCGUAGCCUCAUAUGGAAGCGUUUCUGUCUGUAUAAACUUAUUUGCACACUGACACGAGGAUGUCUUUGUCAUUUUGGUUUUUGUAUGUCUUUUUUUUUAAUAUUAGUGAAGCUUUUCUAUAAACAUUUGUACUUUAAUUUUUACCCAAAGUGCUGUUUUUUUACUCCUACUUGUUAUUUUAUAAUGUAAAGUGAACAUUAAACUCUCUA